AUGGCUCGAUGGGAAUGGUUUUCGAGAACUUGUCAAUGGUUGCUAACAAGAUUACAUGCUAUUACCAGAAGAAGAACUAUUUCACGAUUAACAUCGUCUUCUAGCAUAGUUGAAACAUCACAAGAAACAUUUUGGGAAAAUUUACAACGAGACGUCUAUUGCAUUGGCGAAUACGACCUCCACGAUCCAUUACGCAGGGAAACUGGAGUAGACUGGCCAGAAUGGCAUUUGAAUAUUGAUGAAAAUGGAAAUGCUAUAAAAAUAGCUGAAAGUCUUCAACAGGAUUUCAAAAAAUUAAAAUUAUCUUCGAGUAUAGUUGGGCAAACACGUACAAUAGAAGAAACAUUUCUAGAAUCCAUGCCUAAUGACUAUAAUUGGAAUGACAUCAGAAAACUUUUCAAACAGGCCCGUCAAGAGGAUAAUCCAUUGGUGAUUAUGAGAGCCCUCACUCGUUCUCAACAAUUCACUGAGUGUCUAAAUAAGCAUUCAGCUGCAAAUUCAUAUCAUUUACUAAAACUUUACUGCACCGUCGUGAACUGUCCUAUUCUGGCUCGAACACAAGAAUACACAGAAGCAAUUACCACUAUUCUGUUUCAUCCAAAGUUAGAUGAAUUCCUAGUUCGAAAGAAAACAGUAUAUCGUGGUAUAAUUCUUAAAGAUAAGAAAUACGCAGCCAAUUACAAGGAAGGUGCGACAAUAAUAACAACAACAUUUCUAUUUACAUCUACAGAGCAAAAUGUAUCUUAUUCUUUUUGUGAAGGUUUCAGAGAUAUGAUAUCAAUAUUUUGCACAUAUAAUAUUAGUAAUACUUGCCGUCAUACAGCGCUUGAUUUUGGAAAAAUAUCCGAUUUUACAGACGAUAGAGAAGUGUUAAUCUUACGUUAUGUACCAUUCAUAAUAAGAUCAGUUCAACAAACGGAAGAUGGUCGAAAAAUGCAAGUAUAUUUUGAUGAAUCUCCAGAACACUGA